AGUUUGCGUGGAUUAACUGUGCUCCUGGAGAGGUUCUAUAAACAGUGGGAUUCUUAAUACCGAAUGAAAACACAAUAACAAAUAGUUAAGCGAAGAGAAACAGCUGUACAUCUCGCUUUGAAGCGAUGAUGCCUUUCCUUGCGUCUUCACAAACCCAUCGUGUUGCCAAGGGAGAGCAAAUAUUUUGACCGAGCGGGCAUCGAAGUCAGCAUAAACUCGUUUUGAGACGCCUGCUAGCGUAAGGCAUUGUAGCCAGAAUGUCGUCGGAAAAACAGAUGACUGUCGAGGUAGUGACAGCGCCGGCUGACUUGGGCGAAGGACCUCACUGGUCCGUCAAAGAAGGCGCUCUUUACUACGUUGACAUCUUCAAGCAAGAUGUCCACCGCUACCACCCGAUGUCUGGCACCCAUUCCAAGAUGCGCAUUGAGGGAGGGCCAGUCACGUUGGUCGUACCCCACGCAAAAGUCUCCAAGACUUUUAUCGUCACUGUUGGCAGAGAUCUAGCUGUGGUGACCUGGCCUGAUCCUUCUCAGGAUUGCGUGGUCACUUCUUACAAAGUCCUGUCGUCAGUGGAUGCCCAGUACCCAGACAACCGGUUUAACGACGGGAAGUGCGACCAACAAGGAAGGCUUUGGGCAGGCACUAUGGGAGCGACGGAUGUGCCGGACAACGAAAAUCCUCAUCUCGGCAGUCUUUUCGUUCUGCACAACAAUGCCACUGUCACGAAGGCAAUUGAGAAGGUGUCCAUUAGUAACGGUCUGGCUUGGAAUAGUACCAGUGAUACAUUCUACUUCGUCGACACUUGUGAAUAUAAAGUGGAAUCAUUCAACUGCGACUUUCAACGAGGCGUUCUCAGCAAAAGGAAAACGGUCUAUGACUACAGGACCAACGGUCUCUAUCCGUCGUUUCCUGACGGGAUGACCGUGGAUGCGGAUGGUAAUUUGUGGGUUGCCUGCUUUGGAGCUGGAAAGGUACAUUGCAUAGAGCCAUCUAGCGGAAAAGUGAAAAAGUGCGUCGACUUGCCAACCAACAGCAUAACAUCCGUCUGUUGGGGAGGUCCCAAGCUUGACCACCUCUACGUCACAACCACGAAGAAAGGUCUGACAAAGGACCAGCUUUCGGCACAACCUCAUGCUGGGGCUGUUUUCAGGGUAACCGGGACAGGAUCUCGCGGCUUUCCAGCUCCUGAAUGCAACGUCACUCUUCCCAAAUAGAAUCUGGAUCAUCAUUCAGCACCUCUGUCAUUGCCUUAUUUUAUAUGAUUUAAAGCUAUGAUCUACAAAGGAAAAUGCGUGCUCUUCUCAUACUCAUCAGUUUCCUUAUACAGAUAACAUGUCUUUUAACAUACUCUGAUUUUAAUUGAUAUAACGUAAAAAUCUCAAGGAACAUAUUGAAAAUGUAUGUUGUUGAUUGAUGUGUUUUGAGAGAGAGAGAGAGAGUUCUGUAAGCUUUUAAUUUGUAUGGAG